AUGUCUGUACUCUCGAUAUCUUCUUCGUUUGUUGCAGAAUGGGCCAAGGCGCAACAGCCCCGUGGGCAAAGGACAAAAGGCUCUUCCAUCUUCUAUCGGAACCUCGAGGAGGAGCUCGAUGUCAACAGGGCCCAGCAUAGCUGCGCAAUGCUUCAUAACCAGGACACCCCCAUCGACUUUUCUUCCUGCGAUGUUCUCGGAAUUGGAGAAUCCGGGGCCCUAAGAGCAGCUUUUCUGGAGGAGCUGGAUCGCAACCCUUCCUUCCAACUGGGUGCUCACGGCACGCGGCUACUCAACGGAAACUCGAAGUACCUCGAAACCGUGGAGAACGAGGUAGCAGAGCUGCAUGGUGCCGAGACAGCCCUCAUCGUGACCUCGUCGGCCAUUGCGAACGAUGCCAUCUUUUCUGCUAUCCCACUUCCAGGGGACGCCAUCGUGUACGAUGAGCUCAUCCAUGCCAGUGCCCUCGACGGGUUCAAGCAUAGUGUAGCUCUUUGCCAGCAAUCAUUCCGCCACAACAAUGUUGACUCAUUUGUGGAAACUCUGACGGCUGUGAAGAAUUCGCAGCCCCAGAUCCGCAAUGGCACUCGAUCUGUCAUUGUUGCGGUUGAAUCUUUCUACAGCAUGGACGGGGAUGUUUGCCCACUGCGGGAGUUGAUCGAAGCCUCCAAGGAGGUUUUCCCCGAUGGCAACGCUCAGUUCGUCAUGGACGAAGCCCACAGCAGCGGCCAUAUUGGUCCAAAUGGCUCAGGCCUGGUCAGUGAGCUGGGGCUCGAGGAUGAAGUUGCGGUCCGCAAUCACACUCUUGGAAAGACGCUCUGUGGUACUGGUGGGGUUAUUCUGUGCAACAAUACCAUCCGCAACAUUCUAAUUAACCGCGCACGGCCUAUAAUGUUCUCUAUAGCGCCAUCGUUCCUACUGUGUGCUGCAACACGAGUGGGCUACGAGAUGCUAAGAACUGGAGUGACUAAGGAGGCACAAAGCCGAGUUCAGCAUGUAGUGAAGCUUUUCAUGGCAAAUAUUACCUCUCACGCUGUUUGGGAUCGCGCGAACGAUGCCGGUAUUCUACGUAUUCCUCUCUACGAGGAAGAUGACUGGGACGCCCUGCCAUUCGUGACUCAGAUAUGUCCCAUCUGGACCCGUCCAAAGCACAAUUUCUAUCUUGCUAUUCAUCUCCAGCUGGCAGGGUACUCCGUGUAUCCCAUCAGCUUCCCUGUUGUGCCAAAGGGAUCUGACAGAAUUCGCAUCAUAUUUCAUGCGCAGAACUCGGACUCUCAAGUCGAGGGACUGGCCCAGUGUGUCUGCGAAUGGGCCGAGGAGAUGCUUGAGAUUCAGAAAGGUGGUGGUGGACUUAAAUUACCAGCUGCUGCGCGCUACGCCUACAGUCUCAUGAGUAAGGAGAGUUUGAACAGCUCUGGCUAG